AUGUUGAAACAUUUGCAACAUCCUAAUGAGGAACAAUGCAAUGUUCUUACACUAAGGAGUGGAAAACAUGUCAACCAAUAUGACAAGUUUAGGGGAGAACACCUUAACAAUCCUCGCCAUGGGAUAACACAACCAGAGGAUCGAGUUGAAGAUGUUGAACGAGAGAAAGCACCUGAAGAAAAGGAAAGAACUGAAGGCUCAGAAAGGCAUCGUACAAACAAUGAGAAAUUCAUGGUUAAGGCCAGAGAUUUUUUAGCAAUAUUAGAAGAUAAUGUGAGACCUUCACCACCAUUCCCUCAACGGUUGAAGAAGCAUGAUGAUGAUAUCCAGUUCAAGAAACUCAUUGACGUUCUGGAUCAAUUGUCCGAGGAUGAAGAACCGUUUGGACCUGAGGUGAUGGACGUGAUAAAGAAACACAACUGGGAAAAGUGUGCUCACCAUCCCAAAUCUGUAGCACCGGCUAUGGAAGGCCAAGGCAACACAGAAGAGUUCCUCAGCUCCUCUUCCUUUUCCACCUCCGAGAGCAGUCAAGAUGGGCCACCUAACUUCUUCCCCAAUGAAGCUUUUACUCCAGCAUCGAAGCAACCUGAGCACGGUCCUAUACAGUCCCCUGUCAGUCAAGCAAUACUGGUCCCAGCAGCAGAUUCUAGUCCAGUGCCAGUUUCAGCACAACCAACUCCUACUACCGAGUAG